AUGAAGAGCACGAAAAAUGGAGAAGACACAGAGAGGGUGGACACGAACCAACGGGUGAUCCACCUGCAGCAGUGGAUGACCACCCUGUCUGAGCGGAAAAAAUGGAAAGAGUCAAUCUUGUGUAUUCACGGCAUAUACAACACAACAGGGGGGGAGAAGCAUAAUGGAGAGGACCCAAAAAAAUGUGGAAAUAAUUUUCCCCCGUGUCAAACUAAGGGGAUCAUAUAUGAACGAUUGUGUUUAGGAGUUCGCUACCUCGAAAUGGUUGUUCUGUUGAAUUUCGGAAUGGAGGAAGGAAAAAGUGAUCUGCGUUUCGCAUGCGGAGGUGGAUGCAUAUACAGCGCUAGUGACCUCAUGGAAGAAGUGGGCGUUUUUUUUUUGAGCAAUAAAAAGGAAAGAGUGGUCCUCUCAUUUUUGCUGCGCGGAGGGGAUAAUAAUGCAGAGGAUGACGAUAAGGAAAACGACAAUAAGGGAAACCACGAUAAGGACGAUGAAAAGGACGACGCAGAUAGCGCCACCCAACUGCUGGACGUCUACAUGUACCUGUACCUCCGCCGGGAGCUCAAGCACGCAGAAGGGGAUGAAAAUUACAGAGUCCUCUACUUCCUGAACGACAGGGAAAGAUUCCUCAACUUGGGAAAGUACCAGUUCGAUAUUGACCACUUCGUAAUUCGCAACUGGAUUUUUAAUAACAUGUCUUUGCUGCUCCCGUCGAGGAUCGUUCACAGGGGGGAAGAAAAUUCAGAGGGGGAGGGAGAAGAUAAGAGACUCGACGAAAAGGGGGGAAACGUACUGACGCCAUUGUUUGGGCCCCCCCAAAGGGAAAAGUCCACUCUGUUAAGUCUCCCACAGCAGCAUCACAUGUCUCUGUUCAGAUUGAAUUCGAUGCAGAAUGAUCAAGUGCCAAAUUUGUCAUCCAAAGUUUGCAUAAAGGGGAAGUUCCCCAAUAUCCUUAUAACCACACAGGGUGAUGACCAGUUGGCGGACUCAAAACAGGGGGAUUCGCUCCUUCCAAAUGAGAAUGCCCACAGAAGAACCAACACGAGGAGGUACUACAUCGAGUGGGAAGGAGACCACCACAGUGGUGGUACACUCCAUUCAGUGGAUACACAUGACGGUAACUUAACUUGGAGCGGAAAAUUCAUUGGCUCGAACAACCUGCCCUUAACCGAAUACGUCAUUGAUGUACCCAGACAGCAUAAACUACUGAGCUCUCCUUUUACAUUUUUAAAUAAAAAGUUGGUAUACCUCUGCCAGGAGGGAGAGUUGUUUAAAGGGAAGGAUAGCCACAGGGCGGACACUAACACUACAUACUAUGUGAUCAAGACGGGAAGGGACGGGCUAAAGGAUAAAACGGUGCAGAGCUACUUGGCCCAAUUUGCACAUCAAUUCAGUGCUGACGUGGGACCCUGCUGGAUAUGCAUCCUCGCGCAGGAUUUCCAUAUAAAGGACGUUUUCGACGUGAUUUGCGUGAAUUUUUGCACCCCCAAAGGGUGUUUGCGGUGA